UAUGGAGGUCUCGCUCUACGCUACCUGUCCAAGCAGCAGAUCGGAGGUUCAAGCGAGAAACGAUGUCGUACUAUCCCCGAGACCACCGCGCCGCCGACGAUGACGCCGACGACUUCGCCGAGUACGAUCCCACGCCUUACGGCGGCGGAUACGACAUAGCCCUCACCUACGGCCGCCCUAUUCCGCCAUCGGAGGAGACCUGCUACCCCACCACAUCCUCCGGCUCCGACAACUUCGACUAUGAUCGCCCCUCUUACACCUCCUCCGCCGAGCCCUCCGCUUACUCCGAAGACGUCCUCGACAACGAAUACAAGAGCUAUGCCCGUCCGAAGCCCCGCCCCGCUCCGUCGUCCUACAGCGGCGGCGCCGAGUACGAUAGGCCUCAAUCCGAUUACGGGAUGAACCGUCCUGGUGGAAACAGCGGAGAAGGCGAAUAUGGCGGGUCCGGGUAUGAGAGACCCAGUUCUGAGUAUGGAUCUGGCUAUGGUAGGAAGACGGAGUACGGGGAACCGGAUCAGGGAUUCGGAUCCGGGUUCGGUGGAAGGCCUGAAUUGGACCAACCCAGCUCGGACUAUGGUUCGGGGUAUGGACGGAAAAGUGAGUAUGAAGGUUCGCAGUACGGAUCUGGAUAUGGUCGGAAGAGCGAGUACGAAAAGCCAAGUUCCGAGUACCGAUCUGAGCAUGGUCGGAAGAACGAGUAUGAAGAACCAACUUCCGAUUACGGAUCUGGGUACGGUCGGAAGAGCGAGUACUCGGAACCCACUUCCGAGUACGGAUCAUCUGGGUAUGGUCGGAAGAGCGAGUACCAGGAACCACCUUCCGAGUAUGGGUCAUCUGGGUUUGUUCGGAAGAGCGAGUACCAGGAACCACCUUCCGAGUAUGGGUCAUCUGGGUUUGUUCGGAAGAGCGAGUACCAGGAACCACCUUCCGAGUAUGGAUCAUCUGAGUAUGGUCGGAAGAGCGAGUACGAGAAACCCACUCCGGAUUACGGGUCUGGUUAUGAGCGAAAGAGUGAGUACGAGGGGGGCGGGUCGGAGUAUGGAUCUGGGUAUAGUAGGAAGCCGAGCUACGGGGAGGAAGAAAGUGGUGGUGGGUAUGGAAGGACUGAGUAUAAGACACCGGGUUAUGGGGAGGAGAGGCCGAGUUAUGGGCGGCCCAGCUAUGGCAGCCAGGAAGGAGAGGGCUAUGGCCGCCCAACCUAUGGCCGCCCUGAAGAGGAGGACUACCGCAAGCAGCCUAGCUAUGGGCGAUCCGAGGAGGAAGAUUACCGCAAGCCUAGCUAUGGGAAGCGCAACGAUGAGGAGGAGGAGGAGGAGGAGGGGGGCUAUGGCCGUAAGAAAUAUGGGGAUAACAAUUCUGACGACGAGAGCGAGGAGAAACGUAGCUACAAGCACCACCACCACCAUCGCAAGCACAACGAUGAUUAAUCGGAAUACGCUUGAAGCCGCCGCCUUCUGAAUGGCAGUCAUGCAUGCCCUACUACUCUACUAAAUAAAAGAGAAGGCAAGAGAAGGCUUGUGUGCUAGUCAUCUGUAAAAGGGGCAUAUAGGCCUCUGGUUGUGCGUGUGUGUGUGUGUGUGUCUGUCUGUUCCGCUUUUAAAUGAUAUUCCUAAACAUUUGGCUC